GCUGGCAGUCGGUAAUACGUAUUUCCACAAUCAUUUUUCCAGCAACUAGAGAGUUCGACAAAUCGCGAAAUGGAGGAUUUGCUUUUGAAUCUCGUGAAAGAAGCGGGUAACUCGAAACUGACUCACCUGAAGCAAAAAGCACAAGAAGCCCACGAUUUGUUAGCCUCCCAAAAUAACUUAAUGCGAAACCCUUCCUACGAGUUGAGAUCCGCAUGCUUUGUCGCACUUAAACUGGCACUGGAGAGUAAGAGGAGCAAACUGGUUUCGCUAGCUCUGGGUGGAUUUAAUAAAAUAGUGAGGGACGAGCGUUUCCAAACGGGCGUUGAACCAGAAGACGACUCGUUAUGGCUUCCAGCACAACUUCUUCUCGCCACGUCUUCUAUGCUUUCUCAUUGCGAAGACACCCAAGUCCAUAUAUUAAGGGUGGUACUGAAUUUGGCUUGUACUGCGAGCUGGGCCCUUAAUGGAAGACUGGUAAUGUUGCUGUUGAGUAGAUGCGGUGAUGCUUACGAAACCGGAACUCAACCAAUCAGAGCAGCAGCCCAAGCUGCUGCUAGUCAGACACUGACAGUGUUUUGUACAUUUUUAGAUGAGGAGUGUCAGGAGAUACUGCAACAGCAACAAAAGCACAAGAAUUCAGGCAGUAGCGCCGAAGUGUAUAUGAAGACUUCCGCUGUCGCAUGCUUCAACGAGGCCAUACCUGUCACUCAGUACAUUUGUAGUAAACUGGAGGAAUGCAAAACGAUGCCAAAAUCGAGUGAUCUGACCGUUUUUCUCCUGGAAUGCUUGCUAACGCUUGUCAACACAUUGCCCCACAGCGUUCACUCCAACUUCCACUUUACGACUUUCUUGUGGCAAAAGUUUUGCCCCGCCUUGCUGUCUUUGCUCGGCUCUCCCGGAGAUCCUACUGGACAGGUAUUGACCACCAGUCAGGCAAAGAUAAUUUACAGCAUUGGUAUUCAAGUCGUACGUCUAGUAGGGAGAGAACGACCGCUGCGACCUGUACUUGAAGCCCUGUUUCAUAGGAUUCUACUGUUGCCCAGCCCACAAAAGAGAUUAGAGCCAUUGAGAGCUGCUAGGGAACUUUUAAGGUCGCCCGGUAGAUUGGUGGAUUUGGUGCUGUUAAGCGGUCCAAUUCAUAGACACGCCGGCGAUGAUAUGGCAAUUAUAAGACUGAUAAUGGAUUCCAUAGAAGAAUCUUCGCAGUGCAAUGAAUCUGCGGUUGUCCUCGCUAGUGUGGAGUGUGUGGGGGCUCUGCUGGGUUCACUGGAAGCGUUGUGCAAGGGAGACGGUUUGACUCAGGACACUGCAGACAUUACCAAUUCCAGAUAUACAGUCUUGGAACAAGCCGAUUACACUGGUCCUUUGACCUAUCAAUCUCUGUCCAGAUUGCCAAAACCUUACAGAGACGUGGUUGCUAAUCUGAAGUCUCUAAGCGACUCAGACAGUAGCGGCAUCGAAGGCAACAUACGUGACGUAGACGGCGAAGAGUCGGAUUGUUCGGGUGCCACGGAGGGACCCGAAGAAGAAAUUACUCAUUCCGAUGAUAGCAUCAUGGACGACGAGAGUUUUCUGACCAGUCAACAGCUUCAGAAACUGUAUAAGCUGCCCAAAUCACUGAUUUUGGGUAGGACAGGUUUGGAUGAAUGCAACACCGACAUCGAAAGGCACAACUCCAGGCAUUUUGUGAAAACGCUACAACACAUACUUUUGCCAAAUUUGUUAUCUCUGAGGUCUUCCAUUCAGGUAGACGAGGUGCUCCAAGAGUUUGCAUCCAAAUGUUGCCAACAUAAUUCGGCACAGAACUAUGAAAUUCCAACUAUAAUGAACGCUGACGGCGUAUACCUAGCGACGUAUUCCGCGUUACUGCUGGAUUUGAAGCUCAUCCAAGCAGGUCAUCAUGACGACGUAAAAAAGGAGGCGGCUGUGCCGAUAACGGAAGCCCAGUUUGUAGAAGAAAUUCACGGUAGUGGCAUAUUGGUUUACGUAUCUGCCACAUGGCUGUGCGAGCUCUAUCAAAACGUGUUGGCAAAAUCACUUCUUCUCUCGGCCGGCUACGAUCCGAAAAGUAGGCAGCAACCCGCCUUGAUCAAUUUGUUAACUGAUGUCGGUGGUCUAUCGCCGUCUCAGCUCCUAACAGACUGGCAAAAACUUCAAAAAGUUCACGGGAGCCCGGAAAGCAGCCCCGAAAUUGAGGCGGGCAUAAAGCUUUCACGCAGAGUUUUGACCUGCUGUUGGUCGUCUGUGGUGUCCGUUUUGGGAACGCCUUUAAGAGACAAGCCUCCGCUUGGCGGUACUUCUGCAUUAAGCCGACUUGUCGCCCGCAGGGCCAGACAAAAAUACCGUCAGAAAGUUAGAGACGACAUUAUUACUGCUAGCUUGGAGGGUUUACACAAGGCUGCAAGUUUGAGCAAUACAUUGAAAUUACAAGCAAGAAGCAGCAGUAUUCUAUCACUGCUUUCAGCGUCGUCUUGCAAAAAUCAAUCCUCCAAAUUGUUGGCAUCGCACGCGCUGUCUCUGGACGUCCUAUUGUCCAAAGGAUUGGAGUUGGGUUGCUAUAGCCCUGCCUGUUGGCCGCACGUGCUCAGCGCUUGCAUAUCGGUUGCUGGUUUAGAACAUUGCUUAUUCAGCAAAACUAGUUCGACCCAAUUACUGAUGGUCGCGCAAAGCACCCAGAAUAGUAUCGUGACCUCAACCACCAAAAACGAUGCGCAAGAGAAACCCCAGAUGACAUUUAACUGCAACAGCGACGAGGAAACGUGCAUCGACGUCUACAACUUCCUGCACAGUUAUUCGUUGCCUUGCGAAGUGAAUUCUAAUGAAACGACGGUCAGCGAUAUCGUAGAAAAAAGUGGCGCAAACAACGCCCAAGGACAGGGCGUUCUGAGGGGAGUCUACGCCGCCAAGGUCUGCUGCGCCCUCUCGCAAAAGGCUGACGAAUUGUUUAACUCGGCCGCUCUACGCUUGUCUUUGCCCGGGCUGUGCAGCUUUAUGACCGAAUUGUGCAAAGCUUCACACGCACAGCUUUUCGUACGCUACGAAGAGUCCCCGAACGUGCCGAGGAAAUGGUGGAAAAAAGAACUACAAGUCCAGCAGAAACCUCCGCCCACCCUCCUCCUGCACAGGAUCGGCGAGGUGAUGCUCAAGUGCAUCAAAUCCGGACGUCCCCUCAUUCAUAUAAUGAAGGUGUGGUCGAUCGUCGGGCCACAUUUUAUGCAGGCCGCUUGCCACAAGGAUCGAAUCAUAUCGAAAAAAGCAGUCACCUGCAUACACGAUUCCGUAACUGCGCUGUUGAACGAACAGGCUGAGUUACCGCACUUCCACUUCAACGAAGCUCUAAUCAAACCCUUCGAAAAUUUGCUCUGCUUGGAACUCUGCGACUUAGACGUGCAGGAUCAAAUCGUCGCGUGCCUUUGCGAAUUCGUCGAAGCUAACCGGACCGAAAUAUGUUCCGGCUGGAGGCCUCUGUUCGGCACUCUCCGCGUCGCAAACGCGAAGAAUAACGCUUCCGCCAUCUUGGACGUGUUCAAAAUAUUCCUUUCCACGGACAACACUUUGGUAUUCGCCAACGCCGCUCUGGACUACAUACUGUGUCUCCUGUCGCACAUCAAAAACUGCGACUCUGACGAAAACAACGAAAACUUCAACCAAACGGGACCAAACGAACGCGCCAAAAAAUCACCCGCUCUAUUCGAUAAGGACGUCGAAUUUCCGUCGAAAUUACUGGCCGGAUCGACGGACCUGUGCAUCGAAUCUCUAAAGUUGCUGCAAAACUGCGCGGAAAUACUGUCCAUGAUGUACGACAUGCCUAAAUGUCCGACGUUCAACUUCACCCACAGGGUGAACGUCGAUACCGAGCCGCAACUAGUCGAUCCGAUCAUCAAAAAUUCAGACAUCGUUAAUUUUGAUAACGUGCAGGACGAUUCCAUAAGCUACGAGGCCUUAUCUAUAGCCGGCGACGUCAGAAAGUGUGAAGAAGAAAAAUUGACGCUUAGCGAUUUGGACAAGCAGAGCGGAGUGUUGAAGAUCUACUACAUCCUCGUUGAAGGUCUAUCGACGGCGGUCACGGUAUCCGCUUCUAAAAAUCAACCGUUCAUCAUCGAAACCUUGUUCAAACUUCUGAGAGAUUUGGUCGUAAAUCCCGGCAUCAAGUUCGGAUUCUGUUGCCUCAACCAUAUCGUGUUUCCGAUGAUCCAGAACUGGUUACGCCAAAACACUAAAAUCCAACAACCCGGAGAAGUCUGGCAGAAUUUCAAGCACUGCUGCGGCUUGGCCUGCGAGUUGGUCGUGGACUUUCUUCACGAAGUUAAAUCGGAAAGAAUCGACAAGGAAAACCCAGCCGCGACCCUGGCUUUAAAGCAGCUCCUGCUGGUGCUGAUCGAGUGCGUCGCUCAGCCCUACGAAAACGUAGCCAGACUGGGUACUUCGUGUUUUCGCCACGUCAUACUCGGCCUAGGGAAGAUUCUGACGGAUCACGAGUGGGAAGUUUUGGUCACGGCGUUGCACAGGGCGUGCAACUUAAGCCUGCGACCGCUCUACCAACUUACCCUCGCGUUUAAGGAGAAUUCGGACAGUUUUUACGGAGAUGUGGCGACCGUGAAAGUCGCGGCGCGCAGAGAUAGCAGCGUCGCAGAGAACGAAAGGCUUUACGAGCUAGCCCAGCAAGUGUUUCUCAUGCCAUUCCAAAGAAGUUGCAACAAAUGCACAGGUAAAACAUGUGAGUGCGAUAAGGAAAUCUCUAUCGACGACAGAAGUUACGUUUUUCUGUUAUAUCCAUUCGAUUCAAACACGAUACUCAACCCAGACAUGUACACAGUGAGAGUCCCUUUUCGGAACCUAGUGGUCGGGAUUUUAGCGCACCAGAUGCUUAUUCAGACGAUAUCAAGCGCGCUGCUGCAAAAUCUGAACCACAUCACUCCGAUCCUCAACAUCCUGCAGAUAAAUUCCUGCAGCCUGCGUGGGAUACUGACCAAAGUGAACGCGAAGCAUGUCAAUAUCCUCCUAAAAUGCCUCGAGAUAUCCAGCGUCAAGGCGAAAGAAUUUGAUGUGAGGCCAGGUUUAAAAUUUUUGGCCCAAAAGGUGGGAAACCUGAGCAAGGCCGCGAAUCUGUACAACCAAGCAAAUACUUCGGAAGUGGUACAAAUUAUAGUGCUCAUCGAAUUAUGCCUGGACGGUAUCGAAAAAUAUUCAAUAAACCCUAGGUUGAUGAAAGAUAUUCUCGCUAGGGAGAGCAAGGAAAAGUACAAGACUGAUCAGAACUACGUGGAGGCGUUUUUAAGGAAGUUGCACCGCAAAUGGGAACGGCUGUGUGAAUCUUACGUCAACUUGACCAUCAACAUACCAGAGGUGACCGAAGUGGAAAGUGACGAAGAUGUUAUUAAGGAGCCUGAAGAAGAUACGUCGAAAAUGGAAUACCGUCGCGAUUUGGAAAAUGACAAUCUCAGCACCGUCAGUACAGACUCUGAGAGUUACCUCGAGAGAGAAACGCUCCCCAGUUUACACGUGGACGACAAAAUGUCGGUGUCAACUUGUGCUAAUUCUCCUAAACAAAAGUCCGAUAACGGAUAUUCGACUGACGACGAGACCAACGAUAUGGCGGCCAAACGGUGCGAAAUUGUCUUCGAGAAAUACAAAGUAGAACUGAACGCUAUAAAGUAUGAUAGAAAUACGCUACUUCAAAUGCGAAAAUCGACUAUAUCCAGCGACAACAUUACGUCGAGCUGCAGCGGAUCCAGCGAGAUGACGAAAUCGAGUAGUUGCCAGUUAUGGACCGAAGCUGGAACAACGACGAAAAUUCUCCUGAGCAGCACCAGUCCGAGGCUCAACCCGUUUAUGGCAUCCACUCUUCCACCUCAACAACCCAUCCCACCGGAAAUUCAACAGCAAAGAGCCAUAAGCAUUUGUAAGGAUGCGGAGGCCUAUAAAACUACUCGAAUUGAAACGAUGGAGGCGUGUCUAGAACUUCUGAGUAGUUUGUCGUCCGAAAAAUUGGCGCCCCUGGCCACCAUAUUGAAGCAGGGAGCGGUAAUGCUGAUAGGCGCCCAAGACGAGAAAAUUAAGAAAACCGCGGAAAUUUUACUACAACGCAUGAAUAUCUCUUACGUGGAUCACGAUAAUUACUAAAAC